UCCCCUACAGAAGCCCAACUCUGCUCUUUCUUCUCCUUCGCUGCCGUUUAACCUGUCAAUCCCCUGCAGUUCCAAAGAGAUACAGGAGAAAUGUCGAGCUUCCAGUUGGGUGUGGCGGGUGCACUGUUUCUGUCAGUGGCCUCCUCUGUCUCUAUAGUCAUCUGCAACAAAGCAUUGAUGAGCAAUCUGGGCUUCCCUUUUGCCACAACAUUAACUAGCUGGCACCUGAUGGUUACAUUUUGCACUCUUCAUGUUGCCCAACGCCUCAAUUUUUUUGAGGCCAAGUCCAUUGACAUGAAGACGGUCACUCUUUUUGGAAUCCUAAAUGGCGUUUCCAUUGGCCUUCUCAACUUGAGCCUCGGUUUCAAUUCCGUUGGAUUCUAUCAGAUGACCAAACUUGCAAUUAUACCAUUUACUGUGUUGCUAGAAACUGUUUUCCUCAAGAAGCAGUUCAGCCAGAAAAUAAAGUUCUCUCUCUUCCUCUUACUCAUUGGAGUUGGCAUUGCCUCUGUCACAGAUCUCCAGCUCAAUUUUGUUGGCACCAUUCUUUCCCUUUUAGCCAUCAUAACCACGUGUGUCAGCCAAAUUCUGACAAAUACUAUACAGAAAAAGCUUAAUGUCUCUUCAACACAACUUCUCUACCAUUCUGCUCCAUUUCAAGCAGCAGUUCUUUUUGUUUCAGGCCCUUUAGUGGAUCAGUUCCUCACCAAACAAAACGUCUUUUCCCACAAAUAUUCUCCAAUAGUCUUGGCAUUCAUUGUUCUGUCCUGCUUGAUAGCCGUUUCUGUAAACUUCAGCACAUUUCUAGUGAUUGGCAAGACAUCUCCUGUAACUUAUCAAGUACUUGGCCACCUUAAGACUUGUCUUGUUCUUGCAUUUGGCUACACAUUGCUCCAUGACCCCUUCACUGAGAGGAAUAUUAUUGGAAUAAUGAUUGCCAUUUUGGGAAUGGGCCUGUACUCUCAUUUCUGCACUCAGGAGAACAAAAAGAAACAGCAGGUUGAUCUCUCCUUGGCCUCUCAGGUUAAAGAGAAGGACAGUUCACCACUUUUGACACAUGAAGACAAGGAAAGUCUUGAGGCUAAGAUAUUGAGCAAGGACUCUCUUGCUUAAGGGGAAAGUCUCUGGUUUGAUUUAAGAUUAUCUUGUAUUCCAAGGUUCUUUCAAUCUUGAGGGCACUUCAGUUAGCGUAAAUCAAUUUUUGUUCUGAUUUUUUUUGUUGUUGUAACAGUAAGUCAGUGCCUUAUUCUUUUUCCGCUCAUUUUAUGAUGCAGAAAAUAUAGCUUUAUCGAAAUUGAAUUCAUUAUGCAUUAAUGAAAAGGGUAUGCAUAAAUACCCGCUGCUCCAUUUCAUUAUAA